AUGAGCACUCAGGGUCCUGCUAAUCAGAAUGUCAGCGCCAGAAGAAUGGACGACGAAGACCAGCAUGGACUUGAGCCAGGGUCUUUCACGGCCGAAAGAUUACGACAUGCCUCCGGCUAUCACUUGCACAUGACAAGUAGGAGAUUUUUCAUCGGUCCAAUUCCUGAGGGCUGGCUGCAGCACCACCGCAAGCACUGGUACAAGACCAAACUCAAGUUUCAGAAUUAUACUUCAAGAGCUGUCAGCUUCACCGCAGACACCUCACCCGUUCGUUCUGCAGAUCAGUCGGAACCAGAGGCGGCCUCGUCAUCUGCUCGAGAACAGGAUACCCCACUGGCUGAUACUACGAUUCAAGGGGAGAUUGAAGACAGAUCAGAAGAGGAAGAGGAAGAAGAUGAUGAUCGGGAGACGGAUGAGCAGCCUGGAGACCUCCGGUCCAUACCGUAUCCACUGGCAGAGGCCGAAGCCCCCCCAGAGGGGCUAACUGUCCCAGAUUCGUCUCAGAAACAGAGCCAACAGCAGCUCAAUCACGAAUCAACCAAGGGGAAGAAAGGAGCAGCGUCAACAUAUUAUACAGCUAGAGAAAGCAAUCCAGGAACGGCCGAGCAAGAUUACCGCACCGCUAGGGCCGAAAGCAGGCGAACGCUGAGUAUCCCUAGCCAAGAUGAUGCGAGUCAGUCAACUCCCAUGGCACCCGUUAGCGAAUCUGGCUCUACAACCGCAUUGCUAAGGCCUAGUUUGCGUUCUAAAGGGAAAGGAAAACUCAACACCUUGUCGUCUGCCAGCCUUGAGCGACAGGAGCCGCAGAGUGAAAGAGAAGGCGAUGUGUUCGAUACUCGCGUAGGGAAUAGAUAUUCUAUAACUUCACUCGGCGGAAAAGUGAAAAACUACAAGUUCGAUGACAAGCUCAUGGACAGACAGCAGCGGCUAUUGUCUCGUAUAGCCUACACCUAUAAUGUGCUCUCAGGAAAUCGUCAACAACGGCGCACGCCGCGAGAGGGCGAGAUUAUCCGAGCGGAGAGGAUGCUUGUACGCGUCGAGGAGACAGUGCAGAAAGAGCUCCCGAAUGACUAUAAUGAAAACGAUUGCGUGAGGAUGGAAACAAAGAUUGCAGAGAGUUGGAGGGAGUUUCUUGUUGUCUGUCGAAUCACGUCCGACGGGGAAUCACCGGUUGCGCUUCAGAUGUAUAAGACGCGUGUCGUUCCGGAGAUACAAAAGUCGGGUUCUAGGAUCAGACCUUACCACGAAAUCGCUUUGAAUCGCAAGAAUACCAAGGUAAACCUUUACUCUUCCUUGGAUAAGACCAUUGUGAUUUGGAGACCCUGCAAGCAUGGUACCAAGAUAUACAUAAUUCGGCCCAAAUCCGCAGUGCACGCCACCGAGUGGUACACGUUUAUAAAUCAAGUGCUGGGGCGGCACCGCCCAAGUUCAUUACCCAUUAAUGUUCCUGAUUUGGGUGUGUCUCUUCUCUUUCAAAAUCCUUUUGAGCAGUUGGAGUCCAAGUGGGAGACUCAGAAGGAGGACAAUAGCGAUGGCACACCGGGUCAAUCGAAAGCCCGCGCAACCUAUGCUGCUGCGGCUAUCAUUCGGGGUUGUAUGGACAUGCUGGAAAACCGCACCGAAUGGGCAGAAGUGCUACAUGAGUGGUCAAAAACCGAGAAGAUGGGCCUGGCCUGGAGGCGCUACGACAGACUGGAGUGGGUGGUUGGCCUGAGCGAAGAGAAGAUGUACGGAUCACUAGCCAUGCAAACCACCCACCAGCUUCAGCUGAGACCAAGGCAACACUAUCAGACAUUCGUCAAGAAUGGUGAUGAGAAACUCGAAGAGCCGCAACCCGUGGAGGGCUUCCUGGUCCGUUUGACAUCUCAGAGAGGUGUGCAUCAACGGAUGAACAGGAUGUUUUUCAAACGUCUCUAUUUUUUCACACAAGAUCAUUACCUCUUUUUCUGCAGACCAGCGAAAGCCCUGCCUCCUACUCCCCCGAAGCUUUGCUCGGAUGAGGCUGGCAUACCCUCAGCGCGGCAGAUAUUGAACGAGAUGCCUCUGUCAUAUGAUGUUGAUCCCUUUCCAAUCCAGGACGGCGAGAUCAAAUGGAUGUCUAGCGGGAAUGAGGGCCACCUGAAGGAACAUGAUCAGAACGCCUAUGCAAAUGCACAAAGGUGCAUGCACAACCUCACCCAUGCAGAUGGUUUCAUCGAUCUUUGUGGAGUUCGCGAGGUACGUCAAGUGUGGCGCGGCAGCUGCCCUGCCGAUCCAAACAUUCGCGAAGGUCCCGACGUCGAAUUCCACCCUGAACCGCGAGACACCCAUCGGGACGAUGGUGCAACAAAGCAAUUUGACGACGAUCGAACUUUCGAAAUGGUACUUGACAAUGAUCUUGUUGUUCGACUACAAGCAUAUGACAUGACCACCAGGAACGAAUGGAUGAAGAGAAUGGAUGGGCUAGUCAAAUAUUGGAAAGCCCGUGUUGCGGCUGACUCGGUCGAGCUCAAGGCUAUUCGGCAGCGCAAUCUAAAGAUCUUGAACAUUGAUGAAGAAAUGGAGUCCGUGGUAGGGCAGUUUUCUAAAAAAUGGGAAACAAAGAAGUCAGAAGCAUCGCCCUUGUUGCACAACAUAUGUACUCUAUCGGGUUGUCGGACAAUCAAGAUGUCCGGACGGCUCUUUCGAAAGCCUCGCCGCCACUCUACCUUUAAGAGGUGCGAUGUCAUCUUGGCUGCUGGAAAGCUUCUGAUCUUCCGUAGCUCAUUGCGGAAGCGUACUGGCGUCGAGAUUCCUCAUAUUCAUCACAGUCUCGAAACCACACUAGAUCUGGAAGACUGUUACAUCUACUCAGGUCUAAUGACCGAGUCUGAUCUGCUCUAUGCAAACCAGACUUUCGACAGCAACCAUCCGGGACACCGUGCCUUGCCUCGCAUCUAUCUUUCGUCCGAUGUCUAUACCAGCUGUGACGAGGAUACAGCCAUCACGUUCGUCGUCUGGCAGCCUUUACGAAAAAAUUAUUUUAGGGCACAGGAGCACGGUAAGAGAGGGAAAACGAAGCAGACGCUGAAGCAAGUCUCUACGCUCGGCAUCCCUGGACGGACUGUGGUAUUUAAGGCACGGAGCCGGAUAGAGAGGGAUCGCUGGGUUAUGAGUAUUUCAUCCGAGAUAGAUCGAUUGCAGGAGGAGAAGCCGGAAGACAUCCGGUUAAUCAAACCCUAA